AUGUUUAACUCGUCCUCAAACGGAAGUGAUUCGCUACGUGGUAAAGAAAAUUUUAUAGAAUAUCCUUGGUUACUGGUUUGGUCAUCCCUUUACGCAUUUAUCGCUUUUGCUUCAUUCACUGGUAACGUUCUUAUCAUCACUGUGUUUUACAAGAAACGAAAACUUCGAACAAGGACCAAUUAUUUUGUAAUCGGGCUUGCUGCAGCGGAUGUUCUUGUUGGUCUGGUAACAAUACCGUUAUGGGUGGCCUAUUUCAAUCUUCUAUAUAAUAAAACUUUCGAACAGGCUAUGACUGUAAAACAAAUUUUCAGUCCAAUGGAUAUUUUCUCUGGAAUGCUUUCCAUAUUACAUUUGAUGACCAUCAGUUUGGAGAGACUGUAUGCUAUUGCUUUACCAUUACGUCAUCGCACAUCGAGAACAAUUUACAACAUAAUGAUACUCGCAAUAAUUUGGGUCAGCGGUGGAUUAGUAGCUGCAUCGUACUUUUUCCUGCCACAGGGAAUAAAAUGGAAAGGCACUUUUAUGAUCUACUCUGCUCUUGGCUUCUUUAUUCCAUUUUCUAUAAUAUGCGUUGCCUAUUUGAGCAUUAUGGUGAUCGUUAAGAAACAGACCAAAUCCGUGACUCGCAGCCGAGCAAAAAUUGUUAAAAGAGAGAGUAAAACAGCCAUUACAGUUUUUACUCUUGUCUUGCUAUUUUUGAUCACAUGGUUACCAUUUUUCAGUCUCAACAUGGUACUAUUUGCUUGCCAGAAAUGCGCAUUAUCAGUUACCUUUAAUCUUGUGAGUUUCUGCAAAGCUCUUCAUUACAUGGGAUCAGCGUUAAACCCUGUCGUAUACUCAGCGCGUAUGCCUGAAUUUCGACGGCCAAUCGCAAUGCUCUUAAGACAGAGAAGAUUUUCGCAAUCUUUCUCCAGAAGAUCUUCAAAAAGGUCAUUCACAGGCGGCCAUUUUUCUCAAGGCAGUAGAGGCGACUAUGAGCUUAGUGACUUUAGUGGAAUCAAAGAUAUACUAACGGAAAGAGCUUAACAAGGUUAUGAAACUUCGACUGCGAAACUUUGUUUCUAACCCUUAAUAAUGAU